UGCAGGCACACGUCGGGCGGGCUCAAAUCAGUCCUGGCUCUAUCAGAAAUAGGGUAGCCACGACCAAAGGAAUAAAGCCAAGUGUUUUCCAGUGAAUGACUGGUGUGGAGUAAUUCCUGUGUGGUGGUGUCUGCUGCUACGUUUCACGGUGAGGAGUGGAAGGAGAAAACGAAAAGACAGAAGAAGAGCGGAGGAGGAGCAGAGAGAGAGAGAGAGAGAGAGAGAGAGAGGAGAGAAGCAAGAGGUGUGGGAAGAGAAAAGAAGAGAAGAGAGGAGAGACCUUUUCCCUUCCCUCCCCGCUAAAGGAGUACAAAACCGUGUGGAAGGGAGUGUGUGUGUGUGUGUCCCCCUCGCCCCCCCAGGAGCGAUGUGACAGUAGGGGGGCACCAACAGCAUCUCCAGCCGCUAGCAUGGACCUGAGACACAGCUCGCUUUGAAACCACCUCAACCAGUCACGAUGGUCCCAGUUCUGUUUCUAGUGGUGACAACGACAGCAGGCAACGGCUCCUCCCAUCACAAUGGAACAGGCGACACCAGCCUCCUCAGCGCCCCCCAUGUGCUGCCCACGGUGCUCGUGCUCUCGCUGCUGCUGCUCAUCAUCGUGCUGCUGGCCUGGUACUUCCUCAGGGUAAGACACCACAGAAAGGCGGUGGUUACAAACGUCGACAAGAAGAUACCAAAUGGCAUUUUGGAAGAACAAGAUGAAAGUAAAGAGCUUGGAUGUCCCACAGCUGAGUUAAACACAUUGUCAGAGCAACAGACGGUGGUGCUGCUCCCGCGGUCGCCCUCCGCCUCCAAGACCUACUUCCCCAUCCCUGUAGAACACCUCGAGGACGAGUACAGGCUCCGAUCAGCCGACGAUGGAAAACUAUUCAGAGAAGAGUAUAAUUCACUGCCGGGAGGUUACACCCAGGGGACAUGCGAGGAGGCAAACAAGGAAGACAACAAGGAAAAGAACAGAUACCCCAACAUCCUACCAUAUGACCAUUCCAGGGUGAUGCUGACCCCAAUGGAUGGGGAUCCCUGUUCCGACUAUGUGAACGCCUCCUACAUUGACGGUUACAAAGACAAAAACAAAUUCAUCGCAGCACAAGGCCCAAAGCAAGACACGGUUGCAGACUUCUGGAGGAUGGUCUGGGAGCAGAAGGCAGCCACGAUCGUAAUGCUCACCAACCUGAAAGAGAGGAAAGAGGACAAAUGCUACCAGUACUGGCCAGACCAAGGCUGCUGGACGUACGGGAACGUCCGUGUGGCGGUCGAGGACUUCACCGUUCUGGUCGACUACACCAUCCGCAAGUUCUGCGUGCAAUAUCAGGCGAGCGAUGGCACCAAGACGCCCCGCCUGAUAACCCAGAUGCACUUCACCAGCUGGCCUGAUUUCGGAGUGCCCUUCUCCCCCAUCGGGAUGCUCAAGUUCCUCAAGAAGGUCAAGCAGGUCAACCCCUCCUACGCCGGGCCCAUCGUGGUCCACUGCAGCGCUGGAGUGGGCCGAACAGGAACAUUCAUAGUGAUCGACGCCAUGAUUGACAUGAUGUACGCAGAGCAGAAAAUAGACGUCUUCGGCUUCGUCUCCAGGAUACGAGACCAGCGCUCUCAGCUUGUCCAAACAGACAUGCAGUACUCGUUCAUCUACCAGGCUCUGCUGGAGUACUACCUCUACGGGGACACAGAACUGGACGUGUCCUCUCUGGAGGGACACCUACACAAACUGCACAACACCCUGACCACAGGGGACCGCGUGGGGCUGGAGGAGGAGUUCAAGAAACUCACCAACAUGCGCAUCAUGAAGGAGAACAUGAGGGCUGGGAACCUGCCGGCCAACAUGAAGAAGAACAGAGUACUUCAGAUCAUUCCAUAUGAUUUCAACAGAGUCAUCCUGUCGAUGAGGAGAGGACAGGAGUAUACAGACUACAUCAACGCAUCUUUUAUUGAUGGCUACAGGCAAAAGGACUACUUCAUCGCUACGCAGGGCCCGCUACCCAGCACGGUGGAGGACUUCUGGAGGAUGGUGUGGGAGUGGAAAUGCCACUCGGUCGUCAUGCUGACAGAACUGCAGGAGAGGGAACAGGAUAAGUGCUUCCAGUAUUGGCCCCCGGAGGACUUGGUGACGUAUGGGGACUACACCGUGGAGAUUAAAGGGGACACGCUGUGUGACACCUUCAGCCUGCGGGACCUGGUACUCACAUAUGGGCAGGAGAAGCAGUCGAGGAUGGUGCGGCACUUUCACUUCCACGGCUGGCCAGAGAUCGGCAUCCCAGGAGAGGGGCGGGGCAUGAUCGACAUCAUCGCUGCGGUGCAGAAACAGCAGCAGCAGUCAGGGAACCAUCCCAUUGUAGUCCACUGCAGUGCUGGGGCUGGCCGGACAGGUACGUUCAUUGCGUUGAGCAACAUCCUGGAGCGUGUGAAGGCCGAGGGGCUGCUGGAUGUGUUCCAAACUGUGAAGAGUCUGCGCAUGCAGAGGCCUCACAUGGUGCAGACCGUGGAACAGUAUGACUACUGCUACAGAGUGGUACAGGAUUUUGUUGACAUCUUUUCAGACUAUGCCAAUUUUAAAUGAAUAAGUGAUCUGCCUUAAACUCUUGUUCUAUGUUGUUUUUGAUAUCCGGUGGUGAGGAGGUUUGUUACCUCAUCACUGAAUUAAAUUGUCUUCUAUUUUGCUAUGCACUCCUCCUCAUUGUAACUAAAAUAUCAUACCCAGCUGUAAUAUAUUGUCAUAUACUAGAGCUACUCCGCCAAUUUUGACGUUGAAUUUUACAUUAUUUAAGUUUGGUUUUCCACGUUGUUUUCUUGCUUUGGUUACUGUUUCAUUUUUGUUGUUGUUGUAAUAUAUUGUUUUUUGCUUUUCUAAUCUGCAACGUACAAAUUAAGCAUUUCAGACCAUUCCAUGUAAAAUUUGUAAAGCAGUCGUUAUUGUCAAUGUAUUUAUAUGCUGUUUUCAGCCGUCCAUCAAGAACCUUUUAAGACAAAAAAUCCUUUAUGUGAAUGUUUGCUGAUGUAUUUAUGCAAAUGUAUGUAAGGUCUUCUACUUCAUGACUCUGAUUGAUAAUGUAAGUAUGUCUCAUUGAGAAUAUGUUUUGUUAUCUGUGGCAAAAAUGCUUUUGUUACAAGGCCAAGCCCUUCCUCAGUGACUUAGGAAAUACAGGAGGUGGAGGUCUGACGCCGAGAUACUGAGAAUAAAACACAUGUACGUCUCAUGGA